CGACAGAGAACUGAAACGUAGAGAGAUGACGGCCAAUCGUUUCAAAACUAGUGCGGCUGCUUUUCCAAUCGAUUAAAUCCGCUUCCCCAAUUCGGAGCCCAUCUUCAUUUCUUUUGAUUGCAGAAAGGUGCUACUCAUAUAAAAUAUUGUGUCCUUUUCGGAAUUCUGUUAUUGAAUCGGGUUUGGAAUAUAAGAAGAGGGUGAAAUGGCAGCUUCCGGUGGGCGAAGGCUUUCUGGAAUGCAGAAACAAGUGCUUGGUCUAUACAGAGGGUUCUUGCGGGCAGCUCGUACCAAGUCUGCGGAAGAUCGGCACAAGAUUGAGUCACUUGUGUCGAAUGAGUUCCGUUACAAUGCCAAGAAUGUAGACCGCAAGAAUUUCCUUUACAUUGAGUACUUGCUUCGACGCGGGAAGAAGCAGCUUGAUCAGCUCAAGAGCCCUGACACUGUUGGAUUAUCGGCUUUGAAUGUGAGUUUCUCUGAAACCAAGCAUCCUUCGCAUUGAAUUAAGCGUUUGAUAUUUGUAUCUAGUUGCUGAGAUAGAUUUAAUAUGAUCCGUCUUUAUAAAAGAGUAUUUUAGGAAAAUAAAUACUUGAUCUGAAUCGCUAUUGAGAAGUUAUAAACUGUGCAAUAUUGAUGACAGUAGUCUUCUGAGGCAAUGUGUAUUCAUUACCUUUGUUAUCAUAAUAAUAUAUUAGAGUGACUUUAUUGAUACUCCAACACUUAUUUUUGGUUUAUAUUUCUCAUUAUUGUUAGACAAUAACAAGGGCCUCAUUAGUGAUUUGAUACAAGCUGAUACCGAAAGCCUUAAUACUAGAGGUAAUUUGAUUUGAAUGGUUAUUACUUGUGU